AUGAUAGGCCAAGCCUCAUCGGUCAACUUGGCGACCACAGAGCUCUGGCUUGAGGCCUGUGGGGAGGUCUCAGCUCUGGAGCUCCAGCCCGAGGUCAACUUGGUAACCUCGGACCUCCAGCCAGAGACCCACAGGGAGGUCUCAACCGCCGAGGAAGCUUUCCCGCUGUCCUGUCCCGCCGAGGAAGCUGUCCCGCAUUCCAGCCCUGCAGAGGAUGUCCCUCUGAGCUCCAGCCCCGCAGAGGACGUCCCUCCGAGCUCCAGCCCCGCUGAGGACGUCGCCCAGCGUUCCAGCCCCUGUGAGGACGUCGGCCAGCGUUCCAGUCCCGUUGAGAACGUCGGCCAGCGUUCCAGUCCUGCUGAGGACGUCGCCCCGAGCUCUAGCCCAGCGGUGGACAUCACCCUAAGCUCCAGCCCCGCGGUGGACGUCGCCCAAUGCCCCAGCCCCGCUGGGGGUGGUGUUCCAUCUGUCUGCUGCCCGGCGGAGGUCGCCCUGUUUCCUGAUAUAUCAAAGGACAGAUUACACAGGGACCCAGGACUGCCGUUGGAGGGGGGGUUCCGUCAUAAUCUCGCCGGCAGAUGGAACUGCGGCGAAGACGUGCACAGUCAGCUGGAGAGCACGUGCACGUGCUUGAAGUGCGCAUGGACGCUAAGACUUUGUUACAAUGGACAUGUGCACUUAUUUUGGUUUCUGUUCUGUCCCCGCCCUGCUCAGUUAUUGGCGGCGGUGCGAGGGUGUGCUUUGAAAUGUUACCAGCUGUCAGCAAUUAAGGUAAUUGGGACUGGUUAUUUAAACCCCUCGCGUUACUACGCACAUGGGGCAGUAUUAGCGUAGAGACUAAUAGAGGAAAUAAUUAAUUAUGCAUUAUUUAUGUUAAUGUGUAGGUAUAUUUAUUAAUUAAUACACACAUGCAGUGUCAUUCAUUUAUAUAUUCAUUUGAAGUGUAUACAUCAAGUAUAAAAUAUGUAUUUCAUAAAUGACUUCUUUCUUCAUAUACGUCUAUCUACUCGACACGCACGUCGUGGACGCUGAGGAAGACCUCCAACGCCUACGACUCGCAGCUGCAGGUCACGGGCGACGCCAGCGAGAGUGCAGAAGACGCGUUUGUGCGACGUGCAAAAGAGGGCAUGGGGGGUGACGAGGCCCAGUUCAGCGUAGAGAUGCCCCUGACUGGGAAAAUGUACAUGUGGGCUGACAAGUACCGGCCACGCAAACCUCGCUUCUUCAAUCGCGUGCACACAGGCUUCGAGUGGAACAAGUACAACCAGCCGCACUAAGACUUCGACAACUCGCAACCCAAAAUCGUCUAGGGUUACAAGUUCAACAUCUUCUACCCGGACCUGAUCGACAAGCGCUCCAUGCCGCAGUACUUCCUCGAGCCGAGCCCCGACAACAAGGACUUUGGCAUCCUGCGUUUUUACGCCGGGCCGCCCUACGAGGACAUCACGUUCAAGAUCGUCAACCGCGAAUGGGAGUACUCGCAUCGACACGGCUUCCGCUGCCAGUUCGCCAACGGCAUCUUUCAGCUGUGGCUUCAUUUCAAGCGCUAUCGCUACAGGAGAUGAGGGGCUGACGCUCAAGUUUGAAGACAUCUGGACAAACGGUUACAUGAUGAAUCUUCCUAUGUGAAUUCUACUUAUGUUAAAUCUACUUUCACCUUGUACUGCUGCAUUUUCAGAAUAUUGUUCUGUAUGAAGUGGAUGUAAAACCGUGAUGUUGCGUAAAUAAAAAUUAUCUUUACACCAGGCCUCGUGAGAAUAAGGGUAAUUUGAAAGAAACGGGUGAACAUAUGAGAACAUCGGCCCCUGUACUUAAAGUGAUGGAAAAGCAAAUUCGGUAUUUUUUUUGGUAUUGUGUAACUGAUCUAUUAUUCUCAAAUGAUCAUAUUCCAGUGUUUGUCUUUCUAUGAUUUUGCAACAAUAAAAACCUUUUCUCAACUUGUUCUUGAUGCCUCUGUAAGAUGGAUUAUAUUAUAAAAUCUUUCCCUCUGA